AUGGGCAUGAUGGUGCUGGAAGAUAUAAAACCCAUUCGGAGUCCCAACGAACUGGAUCCCAGCUUGCACGAUUUUCGGACACCUCCAAGCGCACUAGCUGCUUCUUCGCGUCGUACUAGCGCUGUGGAUGCGUCGCCGUUUGGAAAGAUGAAGGCGAAUGUUCUGGUGAACUGCAAAAGAACAUCCGAUUCCGACGAUAUGCUGGGACGCGACACGGUGACUGGCGAGGGAGAGCCAACGAUUGGUCGUACAGGUACUGGGCUAGGUGAAACGCACUCUCGACGAUGGUCUCUGCUACCAGGACGGAGUGGAGCCCGAAAGUCUAUUUCGGCCCCUGCGCCAGGCGACAACGGUGAGGACAAGCAUACGGCAGGCGGUCGUAUCUGGGGACGAGUCUCGCAACUGCUGGGAAACUUGAAGAUGUCAGCUCGUGGCCGACGCAGCUCUCGUGCUGGUGAUGCAACUCAAACUGUGGACAUGGAUGCUGGUACUGCACUCGACGUUGAGGCCGAUCGUCGUGCCGUACGCGGUGGUUCUUGUGCUGGUUUUACUGCGGACCUGUCAAUGCGAGAUAUUAAUGGCACUACUCCAAGUCGACGAGAAUACGCCGAUAUCCGCGAUGCUGGGACUAUGGCGAUUGAUUUUCUAGGCCCUCUAAAUCGGAAACGCUGGUCGCGGUUGUCUGGACGUUCACCAAACACUCCGAGCGCUUAUGAUUCUUCUGAACCCUGUUCUCACUCUGCGAUAGCACCUUGGGACGAUGAAACUGGAUACCCUGCCGUCGUCCGGUCUGGAGAGACAAGCUUUGGCGUAAACGUCGCUGGAUCUGGGGUGCGGUCGGGCGACGGAAGAAGCACGUUUGAAACGCCUGGGGAUGGUGGAGGCAAGGCGCCUGAGCCAAGAAACGCUCUUUCGGAUUCGACAUGGGCAGUUUUGGUUUUGGUUGGAAACGACGGUCUACUCUCGGAGGAUAAUGUCGUUGAAAAUCAUUUCCGAGGACGAGCGGGUUGA